UAAGGCCCCACUAAAUUUAUAAUUAUUUUAAGGUAAAAGGAUUAUUUGCAGUUAAUCUAUAGGUUGAGGCAUGUACAAAAUCGCAAGUACAAACUCAUGAAGCACAAAUAAUAAUUUGUGAAAAUAUGUUCAUUCAUACGUAUGAAUAUAAAUAUAACUUAUAUUGACAAAUAAGGACAUCUGGGUUAUUCAGCAAUAACUAGUUUAUAGCAUACUUUGCGGAAGAACGUACGUGGUUCCUACAGGCUACAGGUGUACUAUGGGACUGCAAAAAUUCAAAAACCUUAGGAACAAAAAAAUUAACCCGGCCGAUGGUGAAAGAUAUAGGCAGCACAAGCUUAAAGUGUACAAGAUGUCGAUACCAGUAAUUAAUUACAAUAUCUUAGUAUUGGUUCUUUUUGCAACAUCCAAUAUAUGUGUACAUGCAUCAAAUGACCCAUAUACCAUAUUAGGAAUAAACAACAUUGCUACUACACAGGAAAUAAGAAAAGCUUACAAGCAAUUGGCAAAAGAAUGGCAUCCAGAUAAAAUUCAAAAUGAUGGCGCUUCCGAAAAGUUUAUAAAAAUUAAAUUAGCUUAUGAGCUCUUAAGUGACACGGAUCGACGACAAAUUUUUGACCGGCAUGGGAUAACGGAUGAAGGCUCUCAUCACCUACAAAAAAAAUAUGAUUAUAGUGGAUAUAAUCGAUUUUCAUUAGAUCAAGAAGAGGAUACUUUCGAAAAACGAUUUGUUAUUGACCAGAACAUUGUAUUGUUCCAUAAAUUAUCUGUGACAGCUAACUACUUUGAGAAGACUAUUUUAUCAAAUGGGGCAAAAAAAGUGCACCUUGUCAUGUUUUACAACGAUUGGUGUUUUAAGUGCACUCGAAUUGUCAGCGCCUUCAAAAAGAUAAUUGAUGUACUCGAACCGUUAGGUAUCAACUUUGCUACAGUUAAUGCCGUACACGAAGAGUCGACGUUUCGAAAGACUGGUGCAGUUGAAGUCCCACAACUAGUUCUUAUUUUGGAAAGCCGGUUUUUUCUUUAUCGGGAUCACACCUUUACACCACAAAAAGUAAUUGAAUUUAUACGUAAAAAGUUACCAUUUAAAAUUUUACAACGCAUCGAAAAUGACAAUUUUAAUGAAUUUCUUGGUGGAUGGAUGGACAACAGAGUAAGAGCUUUAACGUUUGAGCCUCGAAGUUCGAUUAGGCUGCGGUACCUACUUACCGCAUUCGAAUUCUAUGACCGCAUCGCAUUUGGAUUUGUGAAUAUGAACAAUGGGCGUUCAAGCAAUAUAAUUGAUCGCUUUAAAGUCAAUACGAGCUUGGAUACACUUCUUAUAUUUAACGAAGAUUCCAAAAGUUACACAGCAAGUAUUUGUAUGGCGGAAAUCCCAACUCAAAUCUUGAUAGAUGUUGUUUCCGCUAAUCAAUUUUUGGUACUACCCAGAUUAUCUUCACAGGACAUAUUAGAAAGUAAGUGUUUAUAA